AUGUAUGUGUUGGUGUGUGUGUAUUAUUGAUUGGGCAAGGAAAGGCGAAGGCUGUUCCCUUAAAGAAUUUCGUCAGGUCUAAAAAAAAGCGAUUCUUUUCUUUAUGGUGGGUUUACAAUUGCUGAAAUUAUUCCUAUAUUUCACCACAUUUUCAGAUUUUGCUUUCAGUCAGUUGUUAUUUGAAGAUAUGGAGAGAAACAUUUUACACUUUAUAAACGAGAGAAAAAAAACGAGAGAAAAAAAACCACCGUUGAAUAAGCAAAACGCUUUUCAGAAUAAAAACUUUUAAAAGCAGAAAGAAAAAAAAAAAACUUUUUCCAAACCUGUCAGAGGUUACUUCCGGUGCAGCAUGUUUAUAUACUUUUCACAGGGUUGUUAUAACGGUUGCUAUGGUAAUGGAUGCCAGUACAAAGAAGCAGUUCUUUUAUUCAAAGCCGUCUCAGCAGUUUACAAAUGAUUCAUCCUUCUAUACUGAGUUCCACAAAUGUAGGGACAGCUUGGAUAAAAGUCCUUUUCUUCAAGCUUGCGGUUAUGGACAGCUAGAUGUUCUUGAGAAACUACUUCAGGAAGGUAAUGAUCCUUACUCAAAGUCCUUGUGCGGCCGAACUGCAUUACAUGAAACCUGCAUUGGGGGACACGUGCCUUGUUUGAUACUUCUGCUGGAGCUGUCCCCUAAUAUAGACGCCCAGGAUCAUGAUGGCUUCACAGCUGUCCACAUGGCUGCUCUCCAUGGUGAGGAAGAGUGUUUGAAAUGCUUAGCCUCGAAGGGUGCCAACUUGCUACUGGGUGACAAUUAUGGCCGACUUCCAAUUCACCUUGCUGCUAUGAGAAACCACUUGAACAUUGUUCAGCUGUUAUUAAGUGAUGGCAAUGCAAGCUUGAGUGCCACAUGCAAUCUUAGGAAGACCCCUUUGCACUAUGCUGCACAAUAUGGAAGUGUAAACUGUUUGAAAUACAUCAUAGAGCAAGGAUUUGAGCCCUUGGUACUGGAUGGCUCAGGAUUGAACCCUGCCCAGUGUGCUGCUCGCUAUGACAAACUGAAAUGUUUACGUUACUUGCUCAAACAUGGGAUCCAGGCAAACUGCAGAAAUAAAAAUGGCCAAACACUGGCCCACCUGGCAGGAUACCAUGGAUCAACAAAUGUGCUUCACUGGCUCCUCGCUCACACGACUGUUAGGGCCGCCGCUGCUGCUGGUGAUAAAACUGCUGCUGCUGUUGGUCCAAAUACUCAAGAUGGGAGUGGAAACACAGUGGGGCACCUAGCCGCAAAGAGAGGCAAAGCAGAAUGUUUCAGCUGUUAUCUGAACUAUGGAGGAAAUCUAAAAAUCACCAACGCAAUGAAUGACACCCCUAUGGACCUUGCCAAAAGCUCUGGACAUUUAGGGAUCAUGCAGAAAGCUGUCAACAAAGAAAUUAUGUGCCCAGUUUGUGAGAAAGAGUCCCAGCAAGGUAACUCUCGUCGUCUUUCAGGGGAUUCCUCAGAAAACCUGUUUCCCACACAACAAAUCCAGAGGCACAGGCUAAGUUUACCCUUGCCCCUACCUAAAGGAAAAACCCAACUGGAAUUAUAUGUGCAAUGUCAGUGGAAUGGAGAAGCAGUAGAAUAGGAGAGAGAAUUGGCACCAGCUUCAAGGAACAAAACACAUACUACAAAUUGAAAAUUCCUAGGAAUAUAGUUUACCUUUUUCUUGAACAAAUUUUUACGAAACAUCCCAACUACGAGUUUUGUUUAAUCUUGAAAAUAAUCAAAAAUCCAGAGCGACUUAUUUAGUAAAAUAACCACUUUUUUGGGGUGCUUUUUUUUUCAUUAUUAAACUGUUUGUUUGGAAUAUAAUAUUAAUCUAA